CCGAGCGCCCCCGCCCCACUCCCCUGCCAGGGCGGAGGGGUCCGCUGUGCCCCCCGCCGGCCGAGCGGGCAGCAUGGAGGGGGAGCCCUCCCAGCCUCCUAACAGCAGCUGGCCCCCAAGCCAGAAUGGGAGUCAUACCAAGGCCACGCCUACAGUAAACCUCACCUUCUCCUCCUACUACCAGCACUCCUCACCAGUGGCAGCCCUGUUCAUUGUGGCCUAUGUGCUCAUCUUCCUCCUCUGCAUGGUGGGCAAUGCCCUGGUCUGCUUCAUUGUGCUCAAGAACCGGCACAUGCGCACCGUCACCAACAUGUUCAUUCUCAACCUGGCUGUCAGUGACCUGCUGGUGGGCAUCUUCUGCAUGCCCACUACUCUCGUGGACAACCUCAUCACUGGGUGGCCCUUUGACAACGCCACAUGCAAGAUGAGCGGCUUGGUGCAGGGCAUGUCUGUGUCGGCUUCCGUGUUCACACUGGUGGCCAUUGCUGUGGAAAGGUUCCGCUGCAUCGUGCACCCUUUCCGCGAGAAGCUGACGCUGCGCAAGGCGCUGGUCACCAUCGCGGUCAUCUGGGCGCUGGCCCUGCUCAUCAUGUGCCCCUCGGCCGUCACGCUGACCGUCACGCGCCAGGAGCACCACUUCAUGGUGGACGCCCGCAACCGCUCCUACCCGCUCUACUCGUGCUGGGAGGCCUGGCCCGAGAAGGGCAUGCGCAGGGUCUACACCACCGUGCUCUUCUCGCACAUCUACCUGGCGCCGCUGGCGCUCAUCGUGCUCAUGUACGCGCGCAUCGCCCGCAAGCUGUGCAAGGCGUCGGGGCCCGCGCGGCCGGGCGGGGAGGCGGCGCCCGAGGGGGGCCGGGGGGCCCGGGGGGCCCGGGGGGCCCGGCGCCGCGCCCGGGUGGUGCACAUGCUGGUCGUGGUGGCGCUGGUCUUCACGCUGUCCUGGCUGCCGCUCUGGGCGCUGCUGCUGCUCACCGACUACGGCCAGCUCAGCGAGCCGCAGCUGCACCUGGUCACCGUCUACGCCUUCCCGUUGGCGCACUGGCUGGCCUUCUGCAACAGCAGCGCCAACCCCGUCAUCUACGGCUACUUCAACGAGAACUUCCGCCGCGGCUUCCAGGCCGCCUUCCGCGCGCAGCUCUGCCCGUGCCCGCCGCAGGGCGCGCGCCCCAGGGAGGCCUACUCGGAGCGGCCCGGGGGGCUCCUGCGCGCCCCGCCCUCCCUGGAGGUGCCGCCCAGCGACUCGGGCCAGAGCAGCGGGGCGCCCCGGCCGGGCCGCCUCCCGCUGCGCGGUGGCCGGGUGGCCCACCACGGCUCGGCCGGGGAGGGCCCCGGCUGCGGCCACCUGCCCGUCACCAUCCCCGCGUGGGAUAUCUGAGCGGUACCCGGACGGGCCUGGACCCCGGGGCCCCGGCGGGACGCGGCAGCCUGGACGGGAUAGGCGGUGGCAGCCGCUGGGGGCAUCUGCCCUCCUGCGGCCUUCCCCGUCCCGGCGCGGAAGGAAGCCACUUUCCACCAAACCCUUCCUUGUGGCCGACUGUGCACACGCGCCGGCUCCCGGAAUCCUCGCCACGCUGCGGGAGUAGGUUCUCUUGUCCCUCCUCCUACAGAGGAGAAACUGAGGACCGGAGACGAGGGGACUAGCCUGGGCUCUCAGCUGGACACCUCCCAGGAGCCUGACUCAGUGCCUGCGUGGACCUUUCCAGCUGUCCCCAGAACAGCCCUAAGGUGGAGCACAGUGAAAUGGGUAAAUCCUAAUGGCGCUGCUGGGAAGGAGAAAAAGCAAAGUUGUCCUGUCCGUUGGAUGCUUUGUGUCCAUGUGCUGGAGUCCCUCACGUAUUACUGAAGCGCCUCUGCUUCGCCCUUUCCUGGGAGAACACGGUGUUGUCUCCUGCCGACUCCCUGUGGGGUUGUCUUUUGCUUGUUCCGAGAGGGGUUCUGGGCCGUUCGUUCUCUUCUUCCCAGAGUACUACAUGGGACAUCGUGUCUGAGCAGCUGCAGGAUUGUCAGUUGCAGACACUCUGGGUCUUGCCCUUUGGGCCGGAGCCCCAAGAAAAGAGGAGGGUCCUCCCUCCUCUCCUCAUAGGGCCCACUGCCAUCACUCAGGCCCCGGGCAAGAAUUGACAAUGCGACAGGCAGCUGUAAGGCCACAGUGUUUACCCAAGGGCAGGAGGGAAAGCACAGUACCUUUCCGCUUUUGGAAACACAUCUGCCCACUGGAGCUGCAAGUACAAAGCCUUCCCAAGGCCUCGCUUCCCUGUUGCCUCAGGGCUCAGAAGUGGGUAGGCUUGUCAAAGUCCAGGUGCCCUCGGGGCCUUCCUUGGUACACUGGUAACUCCAGUCCUCUGAAAAGGGGUGGCAACCAGAGGUCCUUUGUUUUCUCUGGCUGUCUCCCAGUGUACCUGCAUCACCUCAAAGAAAUGAGGCUUCUCUCCAUGAGAUGGGAGGAAAUGGCAUUGCCUCAGUGUGAUCCCCGCAAGGCCCCGAUAAUCUGCAGCUCACUGGACAUUUCCCCCUCAUCUCUACAGAAAACACAAUGUUGCUAGGACUGUAGUGCAUAGCAAAUAACUAUUUCCAGGGGUCAGGCCAGAGAACGCAGCUCCGAGGCUUGAUGGCUUCUGUAAUGGACAACAACUUAACCCUGUUUUACUCCACUCUAAGUACCGGACAUAGGAGCAGAGGAAACUUCCAGAGCAGUUGUACAGUACGAUCUCCGAGAGCAUGUCCUCAAACACUGUCUCAUUGGAUCCAUAUGCAGUCUGCCUCUCAGGGAAGUGGCUGGAGCAUAAUGGGGAGGAGAAUUGAAGUUCCUACAAAGGUUUUCUGCCUGACAGUGAACCAGAACACUCGUGGAGCUAGGAUCCCUUCAAGCUGUCAGUCUGGGAAGCGGG